CAAAUAUUUAACAGAAAGAAAAAAAAUAAACAUAUAUUUAUUUAGAUCAUGGAUACCAAGCAACAUGUUCCUGCUAAUCGUGUUUAUGAGGAUAUUGAUCCUUCAACGGAGUGGGCAAGAGAGCAAGAUGAUCAUGACACUCUAAUCCUUGUUCUGCCAGGUUUUGAAAGGGAACAACUAAAGGUUCAGGUGACCUCAUCAACUCGUAUCCUGAGGGUCUCCGGCGAACGCUUGCUUGAUAACAACAAAUGGCAGCGUUUCCAAAAGGAAUUCCCCAUCGCGUCAAAUAUCGACACUAAUUCAAUCACUGCAAAGUAUGAAAGCGGCAUGCUUUACAUCAAACACCCUAAAGUGAUCACGCUGACAAGAUUACAGGAACAGGCAAAACCAGCUGCGGAAGCUAAGCCCAAAAGUGAUCAGCCACGACCGAUUCUGAAGAGUGCUCAACAACCACCUGCGGAGGCUCCGAGGCCUCAACAAAUGCCCAAAAGCGACCAGCCACGACCGACCCAGAAGAGUUCUCAACAACCACCUGCGGAAGCUCCGAGGCCUCAACAAAUGCCCAAAAGUGACCAGCCGCUACCGACCCAGAAGAGUGCUCAAGAGCAGGCUGCUCAACAAGUUUCUUCAAAGUUGGCGGCCAAUGCGGAUAAACAAACAGAGGGGAAAACCACCGCACAAGCAAAAGGUAACGAAAUUAGCGAGGCGAAGAAGGAUUCCCGAAAGACGCCGGUACCGGAGAUGGAGAAGGAAUUACCAAGCGACCAUGCAAAUAAGAAGCAGAGCACAUCAUCGCCUGAAGCAGAGAAAGAAACGAUUCGUUCGUCGGAGAAAGCCGGAAAAGUUGCAGGCGCAAGUGAGAAGCAGAAAACUCAUGGGGAUGCAGGGAAGAAGGAGAAACGACCAAUAACUGAAAAUGAUGAGCAAGAGGGUUAUACGCAAUGGGUUUAUAGUUUGGCGAUGGAGCUGAAGAAGCCGAAGAAAUUGGUCAACUUAAUUGUGGCGGCACUUUUGGUCGUGGUAUUUGUGUUUUAUGCUAAACAUGCAGCCAAGCAGCCUAUUAGAGAACCUAAAAGUAAACUCCCAUAAAUGUAUUUUAUGUGUAUAUGUUCAACUUGGCACUAGCUAAUUCAGAUGCCAAUGAAUUUAUUUAAUAAUGUGGCAUUUCAUUAUGUUUGUG